CGGGCUUGGCAGAGCCCUCAGGCCGCCGUCAGGGGGCGCUCUGCGCGGGGCUAGGUGUCGGCGCUGCCCAGAAACCGCGGCGGCUGCCAGACUCCGGGAGCGGCCGCAGAAAGCGGAGCAGAGCGCGGCGGCGGCUCUCGCCCGGGGCUGCGCUGGGGACGACCCCGCGGGGAUGGACGCCUGGCGCGGAGGCGAGCCGGGCGGUGGGCGCUGAGCAUCGGGGACUGCCAUACGGAGGCUCGCCCGCCAUGGAGGCGCCGCGGCUGCUCAACGGGUCGCUCCUCUGCCAGCCCGCGAACGGCUCAUCCAACGACUCCUGGAACGGCACUGGUGGCGGAUGCGAGGCUUCCCGCAGGUCCCGAGAGCUGGACCUGGUGGUGCGCGUGCUGCUCUACUCGGUGAUCUUCCUGCUGGCCCUGUGUGGGAAUGCACUCGUCAUUGCGGUGCUGGUGGUCAGCAAGCGGCUCCGCACCGUCACCAACUCCUUCCUGCUCUCACUGGCACUCAGUGACCUUAUGGUGGCCCUCUUCUGCCUGCCCUUCACCUUCCUCCCCAACCUGAUGCGCUCCUUCAUCUUCGGGAAGGUUGUCUGCAAGGCCAUGGCCUACCUGAUGGGGGUGUCAGUCAGUGUCUCCACCUUCAGCCUGGUGGCCAUCGCCAUCGAGCGCUACAGCGCCAUCUGCAGGCCAUUGCAGUCCCGCGCGUGGCAGACCCGCUCCCACGCCUACCGGGUCAUCGCCACUACCUGGAUGCUCUCAGCCCUGCUCAUGCUGCCAUACCCAGUGUACACCACCACCCAGGCUGGGCCUGCCCACCCCCAUAUCACUCACUGCAGCCACAACUGGCCAGGGCACCACAUCAAGCAGGCCUGGUAUGUGCUGCUCCUCAUCACACUCUUCUUUGUCCCGGGGCUGGUCAUGAUCGUUGCUUAUGGACUGAUUUCUCGUGAGCUCUACAGGGGCAUCCAGUUUGAGAUGGAUCUCUCCCGUGAGGCCAAAGCCCAGCAGAACGGGGUCACGGAGCUCCUGGCCCCCUGCGAUGAUGAAGGCGAUGGCUGCUACGUCCAGGUGCCCCAGCCCACGGAGAGCACAAUGGAGCUGCCGGCCCUGACCCUGGAGGAUGGCACCAAGCAGGAGCGGGCCCGCAUCAACAGCUCAGAGGCCAAGCUGCUGGCCAAGAAGCGGGUCAUCCGGAUGCUGGUGGUGAUCGUGGUGCUGUUCUUUGUGUGCUGGCUGCCCAUCUAUGUGGCCAACACCUGGCGGGCCUUUGACCCCCUGGCUGCCCAGCGCGCCCUCUCUGGGACCCCCAUCUCCUUCAUCCACCUUCUCUCCUACUCCUCAGCCUGUGUCAACCCCUUCAUCUACUGCUUCAUGAACAAGCGUUUCCGGAAAGCCUUCGCCACCACUUUUGCCUGCUGUGCCACGCCCUGCUGGCACCGUCACCGUCGCCCCCCCGAGGAGGAGGCCGCUGCCACUGGGGCCUCCUUCUCCAAGUUUAGCUACACCACAGUCAGCAGUGUGGCCCCCCCCUGAGCACUGAGGCUCCCAUCACCCGUGCCCAGCAUG